CUCCUCCCACUGAUUCCUAAAAACUACAAAACUCGCACACUACAAACCCUAACCCUAGUUUUUGUCCUUAUCCUCGUUUUCGUGAUCGUUCGUUCGCCCCCUUUUCUCACUAUAAAAAGAAAACCCUAAUCACACCCUUCUUCAUUUCCACACAGAUCUCGAUCUAGAGAGAGAGGAAAAAGAAGAAGAAGAAGAAGAAGAAGAAGGAGGAGAAGGAGAAGAGCAAUGGAAGGGUUGAUACCGUACGUGAUCCACGCGAUCAAGAGGCGGCGGGAGAGGAGCAGGUACCGGAGCCUCUCCGUCGCCGAGGGCUCGUCGCGCGGCGGAGGGAGCCGGAGGCCGCUCGUCGCCGCCGCCGCCGGCCCGGCGGAGUGGGCGAAGGAGGAGGAGGAGUGGACGCCCGCGCCCCGCGGCGGCCACCGGCGCGCAAGAUCCGAGUUCCCGGCGCCGGCGCCGGCGCCGGCGCGGGGGUCGGAGUGGUUCCCCGAAUCGGAUCUCCGCGCUGCGGCGUCGCGGAGCACGAGGGAGAAGGGCCCCGUUAGGGCUUAUUACGCGCGAGAGUAAGAGGGAGGAGCGGAGGUGACCCAUACAUACAAAAUUUCUCCCCGGAUCUUAGUUGUAUUGUUUGUUUAUUUAUUUAUUUAUUUAUUUAUUAUUUGGUAAUUGUAUUGAAGUGUAUAAAGAUCCAUUUUUUGUAUUGUUGUUUGUGCUCUAUAAUUAUUUGAGAGUAUAAUAAAAAUUAGAACAAGUGAUUCGGUAUCCCUGAAA